AUGUGCCAAAACCAAAAAGAUGUUGGUUGGUUUUCAUGUUAUUACUUUGAUUUUGUAACUUGUAGACUUCGGACAAGUCAUCACUUUAAAUGUCCUCUGUGCAAAUCGAUGUUGAAAGAUCCAGUGUCCAUCUCAUGUGGACACAAUUACUGCAGAGGAUGUAUUAAUGAAUUCUGGGACAAUCGUGUUGGAGAUUAUGUCUGUCCACAAUGUGGUAACUCAUCAGAAACCCGUCCGGUGCUGAACACAAACGCAGCUCUAGAUGAGGUGGUUAAAAGCCUGGAGCAAGCAGGCUUCAGUCCAGUACUUCCUCCACAAUCCUAUGCUGGACCGGAAGAUGUGGCCUGUGAUUACUGCACUGAGGAGAAAUUGAAAGCUGUAAAGUGUUGUUUAACCUGUGUCAUGUCCCUCUGUGAGACUCACGUCAAGUCACAUUACACAAUAGCUGCACUACAGAAACACACAUUGUCAGAUGUGACUGGAGACAUGAAGACAGGACCCUCAGAGCACCAGAACACAGAUAACAGCUUCAGCAGCACUGGACAACAGGAUCAGACCGAUAAAACUCAAGACAUUAUAGAGGAGGAAGUCGGGAGUAUUUCAGAAUCUACAUUAAAUGUUUGCACAUCAGAUAUGGAAGUUAAUAAAGACACUGAUGUUAGAAGUCUUGCCCUCUUGUGCUCUAAACUACAGCAAGAUGUUGCAGGGCUUAAAAAAAGCCUCUCAAAUUUAAAUGAGAAAAAUACAAAGAAAGAAAGAUAUUUUGAGGAGGAUGAAGCGUAUAAUGGAGAGGAAGAGGAAGAUGAUGAUGAUGAUGAUGAUGAUGAUGAAGAAUACAAUGAGAAAGAUUUUGAUGAGGAAUUAGAUGGGGAUGAAGAUUCUUUUAAUGGUGCAGAGGGGUACACAGAUGAGGAGGAGGAGAAGGAAGAUAGUUACGACAGUGAAGAAGACAACAUAGAGGAUUAUAUUGAAGACUAUGAUGGUGUGGACUACGAAUACUCUGAAGACUGUGACGAUGAGGAAGCUAGUACUGAGGAUGAGGAUUAUGAUGAGUACUGUUAAAUGUCAGUGAACUAUUAAGAUCGUUAUACACUCUGUGCAUUUUUAUAGCUGCUAAGACAUUUUAUUCUCAAAUUGAUGUAUUGGAGGAUAGUUUAAUAUGUCCUAUUUUUGAGCUUUUGAAUAAAACAGUGGGCAGUGAGUGUUCUCCACUGAUGUUCAGUGAUCCACCU